AAAAUUAUCUAAUCCAGACGCCAUUGUACAGAACUGAAAAUAGAAAAGGACUGAAAAAAUUAUAGCAAUGGAAGCAUUGGUGGAGCUGGAAAAAAUCCAGACCCGAAUCCUCGAACGGAUAAAAAUCCUGGAGCACUCUCUUAUUCCUUCCAAUUCCUCUCCAAAUCUCUCUCUAGAAACUUCCAACAAGUCCUCCACCGCCGCCGAUCCUUUUCUCUCCGCCUCCGGCACCACCGCUUCCGCCACCGAAGACCACCUUUCAAGCAUUCUCGUCGUCAAUGGCGUUAGAGAGUUCAGCUUCAAGCGCGUUCCCUCUGAUUACUAUGAUUGGCCUCUCGAAGCUCGUCGUGAUGUUCUCGGUGCUGCAUCCAUUCAUCAUCUCUGCAAAAGCAUCGUUCUGGUAAAUACUCAAGCCCCAUCUAAUAUUACUGAUUGUAGUGAUCGUAACAAUUCAAAGUACUACGUUGUUGUCGUACAGUAUACUGCUCGAUUCAAUGCUGAGACUGUGAAGAAUUUUCUGUACACUCUCAACGAUGGCAAGAUAGCCAAAAAGAAAUUCAACAUGAGGCUUGCUCCUGAGGAGAUAUCAGUGAAGCUGACUGGUUACGAACACAAUGGAGUUACGUGUGUUGGCAUGAAAACAGAUAUACAGGUGAUUUUGGAUGAAGCAAUUACAAAGCUCAACCCUGACUUCUUCUGGUUAGGAGGUGGUGAGAUUGAUCUUAAACUGGGGAUGAGGACAUCAGAAUUCAUCAAGUUUGUCCAACCAUUUAUUGUCAACUGUAGCAAUGCUUAAACUGACCCCGUUCUCACAAAAUUAUGAAGUUCUAUUCAAGCAAAAGGAGGGUUACUCUGAAGCAUACAUGUUCAAGGGAGAGAAUCUGCACUGGUUAGUAGUACUUUUCCUUGGCUUGAAUUACUCAAGUUCUUUAACAAAAUAAGAAAGUAAAAGUCUGAGAUGAACAUUUAAAUUAAAAUUACGAGAACUUGGGUUUUGGCAUUUGUACUGGCACUUUGUUAAUUUGAGUAAUUAACAUACCAAUAUCAAUAAAAAUGCUAAUUCUACUGGUCAUUUUGAUUAGUAACAUAAUUUUAAAACAUAUACUCCCUCCGCUUCAAUUUAUAUGACACACUUUCUUUAUUAGUCCAUUAAAAAAAGAAUGAUAUAGCAUCCAAGGGUGUGACCUAGUAGUCAAUGAAGUGGGUGAGAACCAUGAUGUCUCAGGUUCAAAUCCCAGCGGAGGCAAAUACUAGGUGAUUUCUUCCCAUCUAUCCAAGUCUUGGUGGAUAGAGUUACCUGAUACCUCUUGUAAAGUUUAUAGAGAAUGUUUUUGAUAGACCGGGUCUCAUGGAAAGCACGAUAACAACGAAGCAAUAUGAUAACUAAAGCACAAGAAACAACAUGGAAUGAAAGAAUUCUAAGAAUAAGAAUAUACAAGAAUAAUACUAAUGUUACUUGUAUUGAAAAAAAAUAACAAUUGGAAAAAAAUAGUACUCCUAUUAUUAUUAAAAAGAGAGGAAAAAGCCUCUACAUUAAGCCAAGUGGCCUAUUGUGU